AUGGGCCUUUUAAGAGACAAAAGAACAAAACACAACACAACAACAUUAGACACAGCCAUUUGUACAGUGCGUUUUUCGGAGUUUGACGCAACUGUGCCGUCCAUCCUGGCCAAAGUGUUGGAGGCGCUUGGUGACCCAGAGGACAUGGUCCUCACUGAUGGCCAGGGCAACGCCAUUCUGGAUUCGGAAGGCACCAGAGGAUCCAACUUCUGGAAGCAGAACUCCAGAAAAAUCUUUGCCAUACCAGAGAGUCAGCUGGGCCAGACUGGCAAAAGGAGGCGCCUAAGUCGUAGAGAAGACAACUACCAGGACGUGCUGACCGACAUUGAGGAGGUAAUCGAGGCAGCCCAGGGCCUGAGGGAGGUCACCAAGACCCUCAAGGAAGCCACGGCCGGGACUGGCAGGACAACACUCCUGUGCCUCCAAGAGGGAGAGGUCAAUGCCCUGAGGACAGUCUUCAGCUGCCUUGUGUGCACAGGUCCUGUGGAAAAAGCCGUGUUUGCAUCUUGCUGCAGGAGCAUCUUAGGAUGCAGGGAGUGCAUCCACAGGUGGGACCAAGGGCACGAUUACUGUCCAAAAUGUAGGUCCCCUGUGGACAGCAGGGUAAUUACUGAGGUGGCGGGUUUUGAUGAGGCCAUGGCCGUACUGGCAAAGCUUUUUUAA